UCGCAGAAUAAGUCAUUCGUUCUUUCACGAUGGCCGAACAACAAGUUGAAACAGCGAUUCACCCAACUGUUUACAAGGGGGAUGCCCUUCUAACACCCCUUUGUGAAGGCCCUAAUAAGUACAAGUGCACAUUCUGCAGCAAGGUGGGGGACUAUGGCCAUAUUGUGGCACAUCUGCAGAACCAUAGGAGAACGGCUGUUAAACAUGGAGGAUUCACAAUGUACAGGUGUGUGUUGCAAAUCGCCACAUUUCCACUGCUGCUACUGUGGGGAGUUCAGAACCCACCCCACUAUUCUGAAUCAUGUUCAGAAGUACGCAGUGGCAGCCUGUAGCGUUGGAUCGCUUCGCCAGACCGCCACUGUCUCCUCCUCAGCCUCCACGGUGGCCUCCUCAGCCUAACCUGUCACCUCUGCAGCCUCCCAAAUUGCCACAGCAUCUGUAGCCUCCACUCCACUCCAAGCCAUCAGUCGCAGCAAAGUAGUCCAGUCAAGGGCCAAAAGGACAACAUGUCCUUUGUGUAAAACUGUAUUAUAUUUGAAAAACCUCAAGACCCACAUGGAUCGACGUCACUCAUCAUCUGUUCCUGAUAUUACUUCUAAUCACCAUCUUCCAUCCCAAUGCUUAGACCUCAAAAGGGCAUUUUUGCUGUUGGAAGAACAUUUUCUGGGCUGAGAAGUUCAUGUACAGAAGUUCACCUGGGAAACCGCAACCAAGUUGUUUGUGAGCUUGAAAAUUGCAAGCAGGCAUCAGAAUUUUCCAGAAGAAGUAAUUUAUUAGGGUUUGAGUGUAUUCAUGUUAGGUCUCUAUACUGUCCUACUUCAUCCAAACCAGACGUCACACUGAAGGAGGAAGUUCUGUCAGAUAUGGUUGGGAAGAAAUGGAUUUCUGACAACACAAAAAGAAUGUGUCUAGUCAGAAAGGAGAAAGCUGUGUCUGAAAACAUCCCACUGAGUAAAGUGGUGACAUUUUGCAGUGGCGCAUCAAGAGUUUAUGUGUCAGUUCUUGAAACAUGCACCUCAUAUUAUUCGCGGUUAGGGAGAGUGUCUGUAUGUUAUGACAUAAAAAGAAAUGCUUGGCAGUGUCCAUGCUCAAAGCCAAAGAAUUCCUGUGCUCAUAAGUCCAUAGCAAAAUGGCACUUGAAUCAGACCCGACCUGAACUCUUCCUAAAGGUCCGAAGUACAGACAGUGAUGUGUUUGAGACCUUUGAUGAAUCUGAUCCUGAAGGCCACAGUACUGAGGACAUUCUCUAUCCACCUGAGGGAGCCGCUUUGACAUCACUUGUUCUUUACUUGUUGGACCACAAGAAAUUGCCAGCUGUUCUGUCAACGGAUGCAUGUUCACCGCAGAACAUGGAGACACUGCCAAAGCGCCACAUACCUCUUGAGAACUUUUGCACUGUUUGCCCAGGAAAAAUUCCUCUGUCGGAUCCUAUGCCGAUAACUCAUAAAGCUAACAUAGUGACAUUCACUGGCAUAGUAAAGGAUGUCUCCACGUACUGUAAAAGGUGUGGGCUUUGUGGACAUUUCUACCGAUAUCAAGAAUGGACACAGGGGCUGCACAAUUUUGAUGACCACACUAUCCUGUCACUGCACCUUUGCCUUUUCUUUAGACAGUCUGUCCAGGUAAUCUACACUUACGCAUUAAUGCAACUUUAACCACUUGCACCCAGCAUACAUAUUCUGGGAGUAACAUUAGCCAGACUUAUCUAAAAGCUCACAGCGCGUCGAUGCACUGAGCUUGUAGAUCGGCUAUUUUUGGCAGAGACAUUUGGUGUGAUGGGGGGGGGGGGGGGGGGGCAGCAGGCCAAGUACAUUAAGUAACUCUGGUCAGUUUGACCAUGAAUGGAGGGUUUUAAGUGGUUGAUACAUCCAUUAAUGUAAUAGACAUGACACAUCAUGAAGAAUUUUAAUAUGAGUCAGUGGUGGUGCAUGAAUUUUGAUAGUAAGUCUUUAUGAGCAAGCAGUGAAUGGUUUCAGAAAUGAAGUUUUUCCUACUUGUCAUUAAACUCCUGUUUGGUAAAACAUCAAUGUCAGUAGAAAAGCAAACAUGACUUGUCUUACACUCUGUUGUGAUCUUAUUACAGAAUCACACUGCAGUGGGAAGGGCCUUGGAUAUCUUGGAACAGACAAACAAUGAAAAGUAUCCAAAGCAUGACUCAAUUCUUCAUGGGUAUCUUCACUUUGAGGCAAUGACCGCACAUGAUUACAACUUUUCAUGUGUGCACUGUGGUGUCCAUCCGCCUGUAGUCAUAAUGGACUUGCACAAGAAAGGAGUUUUUACUAUGGCAGUGAGUGAAAUUGAGGCUCCCCCACCAGAGUUUGAAGGUCAUGUCGACAUUGAGGAAUUCUGGCAAUCGGUUGAUCAAGACAUUGUUUGCAGAAAAGUAACCGUGAUAAUCCAUGCAGAGUUUCACCUUCAUUUCACAAGUGGGCGCCAUGGAUUGGACCUCGUACCAGAUCCAGCAAAUGCGUUCUCAACACUGAGUUUUCAAAAGUCAAAAAGUCUGAUGCAGACCAGGUAGACAUCGAUGUCACAGAAGAACGCCUCUCAACUGAACUGACUAACUUAAAGGUUGAAGCUUUGCGGAAUCUGGUGAAAGGGUGUGGGAUUGACUCUAAAGGCAGCAAAAUUGAUCUAAUCCUACGCCUGAGGGAGGCGAUGAAAACACGGAGCACUUAUGACAAGGUGUGGGGGCAUCUGGUAAGUGUCAAAUGUCCAUUUAGUUAAUCAAAAAAUGUAGUUCAUAAUUUAUUAUAUGAGAAAAUAUUGAAUUUCUGUAAACCUACAGGUAUGUCUGUAAUUAUAUUGGACAGCUAGGUUAAUGGCCACACUAACUAUAUGUAUUUACAUUUCAAGGUGGCUGGGCAGUGAUCCUGUGUCCUUGUGUCCUUGUGUCCUUGUGAAUGCUGUGAAGUUCAACAUAAGAGCUGAAAGCCCACGCGAUUAUGCAGAUCUGUUGCUUUCCUUUCUUCACUUCCCAAACGUUGUGGUUUAUGAUUUUGCACGGGGGUUAGUAAGUCAUACCAACCUGCGGGAGAAAGAGAGACUGCCCUUCAGCCCACAUGGAGGGAGAGUGGCUGCACCAACACCAGAAAAUAUUGCGUCUGCCAAGAAAGGGCAACUGAAAAUCAGUUUGCCAUGGUUGCAGUUCGAGAAAGACCCCCCUGAUGUUAAUUGCCAUCCUGCAACUGGUUCUGCGGAGCAUUACGCAUUGUACGACACCUUCCAUCAGUCUAACACAAAAGAUGAGACCGAUGCGCUUAGAGUUAUUGGACUUGUGCCUGAGCUAUGUGGGUGGCUCAACUCCCAGAAAGCAGAGCAGCUCUUCUCUGAAAUGAGAAAGAACAAUUAUUUUAUGAACUGUUUCUCCCCAUCAAGUCACAUCUUUCUAAUGCGUAAUGUCUUGCAUCACCAUAAUGAGAGGGUUAACCAGUUGGCACUGAAGAAGUUGAGGACAGUCUGUAAAGGAGAGAUCACCCUUGAUGCCCUUGGAAAGGCCAUUUUGGACACACAGGCAGAUGUCUCGACCAACGAGCAUGAAGUCGCUACAGAUGUGAGCACGACGCACCACUGUGGGAAUCAUUGUGAGGCUCUCACUAUGACCUCAAACAUCAGGCCCUGUCGCACCUCAUGGACACCAGGAGUGCAUAAUCCCCUUCAAGAGCAGUUGGUUAACUAUGUUCUUGAUGAGACCAGACCAAUGGAGGAGCUCAUCGUCAAAGACUGUCAUACGUGCCUCACAAGAGAGAACCUUGUCACCCUGGGACUAAGACGGGAAAUGGACUCCAUGGUGGGAAAUGCGUGCUUGAGGCUCAUACAUGAAGCCAUGCAGUAUCAGGGCAAAGAUGUAUUCGUAGUGGAUCUACAUGUUCCACCUACCUGGCUGGCACCUAAUCACUGUGACGCUCGACUCUCUCUUCCAGUGGACUCCCACAAGAGGGAUGCCUUGAUUUUCCCCCUGUGGAUCCCAGGGCACUUUGUUCUGUGUGUAAGUGACUCUUUAGUAUUGAUUGCAAAACCACCCUGAAUGAAAGACUGAUCAUGUUGUGACCAUGUAGAUAAGCUAUAUUGUGUGUGCAUUGACUUGAUCUGUAGCUGUGUGGUGUCCAUUGGCUUGGGGCGCUACCGAGGACACCUCGGUAGCACUUGGUCUUGCCGGGACUUGAACUGGUGACCUUCCAGUUGCCAAGCCAAGUCCCUAUCGACUUCACCACCACCGCCCAUUAUCUGAUUUAGAUCAAGAGUAUCUAAACUCAUCAAUUACAGAAGUAGAAGUUUUGGCUGCAAUUAAAUCUAUGCCUAUAAAUAAAAGCCCAGGGCCUGAUGGCUUCUCGGCAGAAUUUUAUAAAGAGUUUUGGACUGAACUUCAACCUAUAUUUAUGUCAAUGUUUAACAACUUCUCUCACAACAGAACACUUCCUCAAUCAAUGAAUCUUGCAUAUAUUACUGUACUACAUAAAGAUGGGAAAGACCCCAUGAAUUGCUCUUCAUUUAGGCCUAUAAGCCUCUUGGAUCAUGAUUAUAAGAUUAUCACCAAAUUAUUAGCAAAACGACUGGAAAUGAUUUUACCUAAACUAAUUAGUCCUGAUCAAACAGGUUUUGUCAAGGGCAGAUAUUCUACUGAUAAUAUAAGGAGACUUUUGAAUAUUAUAAACCAUUUGGACCCCGGUCAGAAGCCAUCUCUGCUUCUUUCUUUAGAUGCCGAGAAGGCUUUUGACAGGGUUGAGUGGAAUUUUCUUUUUGCUAUCUUGAACAGGUUAAAUAUGGGCUCUCGGUUCAUAGAGUGGGUCAAAUCAAUUUAUAAAAAUCCUAAAGCAGCGGUUAUCACUAACUGCAGUUCCUCAGAUUUGUUUCCACUAACAAGGGGGACAAGACAGGGAUGUCCUCUGUCACCUUGGCUUUUUGCUAUUGUAAUUGAACCACUGGCGUCAUGUGUGCGAGACAACAUAAGUAUUAAAGGAGUGAAGAUUAACAAUGAACACAACAUUUCUCUGUAUGCUGACGAUAUCAUUCUUUACUUAACAGACCCAGAAAAUUCAGUACCACACUUGCACGACACGAUAGAGCAAUUUGGAAGAUACUCAGGAUAUAAAAUUAAUUUUAAGAAAUCGAAUGCUUGUUUCUUAAAUAUGACGCCAACAGCAAAUUGUCUUGUUCUUUUAAUUCGUCACCAGGUGGCUUUAAAUACUUAGGAAUAAAUAUAACACCACACCUGGAUAAUCUGUUUAAAGAGAAUUAUAAUCCACUCAUUGACAAAAUCAAACAGGAUUAAUCGAAAUGGUCCACAUUACCAAUAUCACUGCUAGGAAGAAUCAAUGUCAUAAAAAUGAAUAUUCUACCGAGAUGUCAUUUUCUUUUUCAAAUGUUACCAUGCUAUUUAUCCGCUGACUAUUUUAAAUCUCUCAAUAGACACAUCUCAAAAUGUAUCUGGUGUAAUAACAAACCAAGAAUCAAGUUACUUACUCUUAUGAAACCAGAAACUAUGGGGGGUCUUGGUCUUCCCAACUUUCAACACUACUUCUGGUCGGCUCAAUUAAGAAAUGUACUAUCUUGGUCUCUGGGAAGAAAGGAUUCACUAUGGGUUCAGAUAGAAGCCAAUACCUUUGACCCGUUGCCAGUGGAAACUCUUAUAUUUGUUAAAGACUUCAAUAAGGUGAAAAAUAUGGCCAAAUGUUUUACAGUGGUCAAUACACUUUUAGCCUGGAGGUGUAAGAGAAUAUUUUAAUCUGAUCUUGAUUAUAGAGUAUCUUAUUGUUUCUUAGAAUCUGUGAUACUGCAAACAUUGUUUGUAGUAUCAGUCAAAAUCUCCUCUGUAGGUUGAGGUCACAGGUCAAAAGCUUCUCCUUAUAUCCUGUGGGGGAAGGGUCCAGGCCUGCCUGCAUUUCUUUGAGACAAGCAGAUUAUUGUCUCACAUCUGCUAUUGAUUAGGUAAACGCGGGUUUCUGAGAGCUCCGCCUCUCCUCAUGUUGCUGCAUGCUGUGGUUUCUUUGGGUUCAGAGAUGAUUUGGUGGAUGCACAGGACGUGUGAAACUAAGUGACCUCCCGGCUGUAUUGAUGUACUGUGUUCAAUAAACUCUCAGUGCUUUGGCUAA